AUGAAAGACUUGUGGAAGCCAUUACUCGACAACAACACUGCACUAGCAGCGCUUCUACAGACUCUUACCGAAAUCACCCCCUCACAAUGGUGCCAAGCCUAUUACCUCUUUGCUGCGGGCGCGGUGGUGGCUGUCGCGGCUAUGCCCAAGGAGGUGAGGAGGUUGUUGGUUGAUUAUGGAGCGAGGAAAUCUCAGUCCUCCGAGUCCAACUUAUCUCAGUCUCAGUCUGGUGGAGCUGUGUCUGAAGCAGGAGGGAAGGAGAAGGGGAAGAACGACACCAGCAGGAGGGAAGCCAAAGGCAAAGAAGCUAAAGCCAAGGAGAAUGGUUACGGAAAGUGGCUGCUCUCACUAAUCAACACACUCACCUCUUACGGCCAAGUUCCGCACUCAUGGUUUAUCACGUUUUACGUGGCUUCCGUGGUAUGCUCGCUGAUAUGGCUUUGGCAGUUUGUUGGUGAUGGAUGGUUGUUGAGGACAGUUGCAUCUAGUCAAACUCAAGCCCGGCAUGCCUCCUCUCCGACUCCGGCGAAGGGAAGUAGUAACGAAGGAGGAGGAGGAGCGGGAGGAGAAUGGUCUUCUUCAGUUACAGUUACUCUCGGCCAAGUCGGCCUGGCUUGGACCAUGAUGUUCCUCCAGGGAAGCAGGCGGCUGUAUGAGGACUCGUUAGUGCACGGAAAGUCCAAGUCUACCAUGUGGAUCGUGCAUUGGGUUUUGGGAUUGAGUUAUUAUCUGUUUACUAGUGUGGCUGUUUGGGUUGAGGAAUCUGGAGCCAUCGACUACGCCAUGCCAUUCUUCAAGACGCUGGUUGCUAUCGUCAUAUUCCUCUACGCUUCGAUCAACCAGUACAGAUGUCACAGGCACCUCGCCGGGUUGAAGAAGUAUUCCCUUCCUGAACUGGGCCUGUUCCGCCACCUGAUUUGUCCUCACUACUUUUGCGAAUGCCUGGUCUACCUUUCACUCGCGAUCGUUGCCGCUCCCAAGGGAGAGCUGCUCAACAAGACGCUCCUGUGUGCUUUGGCGUUUGUGGUGGUCAACCUCGGGGUGACGGCGUCAGGAACGCGGAAGUGGUACGCCGAGAAGUUUGGGAGCAGGGCGAACAUCGCGAUACGUGAGGCUGACCCGAACUCCCCUCUGGUUUUCCCCAUUCUCGUACAGCGAUGGCUCGCGGAGGAGACUCCAGUUUGCAAUGGUCUUCGACGACAUGUUCACGUCGGCCGAAAGAGGGUCAAUGCCAUGGAGGAUCCUCCACACAGGCUCCGGAUCAAGGGCCCCGUCUUCCUUGGCCUUGUAGAGGUUGAGACACAGACUAGAUCCGAGACUCACUGUGCAGACCACGGGGUGGUAUGCCGCUCCGUCCUUGUGCGGCAUGAUGCCCGUGUUGGGAGGAUAUUCGUUGAUAAGGACGUGGUUGGGUCGGCCGUGGGGGCUAUCCGCAAAGAUGUGCUGCUGCUUCUUCUCUUUGUCAUCGUCACUGCUAUCGGACGAGGACGGCGAUACUGGGACCGAGAGUAA